AUGGGCACCGCUACACAGCUGCAGCUCGCAACAAAGCCAUCCAUAUCCAUACAAACAACCACGUCGAAAGAUGCACCAUCAUCAACCCCCUCCGACGAGGUCGACAUGGAUCAUGCCAUCUUCCUCGCCGAGUUGUGCAAACGAGGCCUCAGUGACCUGGACACCCGCCUGCCAAACUUCAACCCGUCCCAUCCCUACACUGCAGACGAGAUUAUCAACCUCCCGCUUGACCGCCAUCGCGUCUCCGAUGCCCUACAUGACCUGCCCCGGCGGAAAUCCGGCCGGCACACCCUCGCCGUCGCCAUAGCCUCUCUCAUGUACCCAGUGCACGAGGGCUCUCUGGCAUCCAUCAUCCGCUACGAGACCGACCGUGUCCGUCUCCGGGGCUGGGCCGCCCUGCAGCGACGAUAUGACAUGCUGCAGGCCACCCGCCGCAACGGCCACACCUCCUUUGGCAUGACGGGCGGUGCGGCCCCGGGUGUCCAAGCCCCCGUUUGGGCUGCCCGCAUCACCGGUCAGGGUCGCUGGGAUCCCGUCAAGAACCCCAUCUCGCUGAACGGCGUCCAGGCCAUUCCUAUGCCCGUCCAGGUCUCCCACGAGGCCGAUCUCGCGCCGUUCUUGGGCCACCUUGAGAAAGGAGGUACCUUUGAGCUGGAUGAUACCAACCAGGGCUUCGAGCUCGACGAGGGACGUGGCGAGCCCUACUACGGCGUCAAAGGUGCCGAGUUUCGCAAAGGUGUUGUGUAUGAGGAUGGGCGAAUGGACCUGUGCAAAAUGGUGGUUGGACCGGACCACAUUGGCAAGUUGAUGGACAGCCUCCGGCCAAAUACCUUUGUUCGGCAUUUCCUGCUGGGAAAUAACAUCAUCGGGCCCGUUGGUGCCCGCGAGGUUGCCAACUUCAUCGAGGAUCUGCCAGACCGCAUCGACACCUGGUACCUGGCUGGUAAUUGCAUUGACGGACCCAGCUUCCGGAUCCUCGUCGACGCCAUGGUCCAGUCCGAUGCCAUCACCAAUGUCUGGUUGAAACGAAAUCCACUGGGCUCAGAUGCCUCGGAGGACAUCUUCCGUCUCAUCACCGGCGCCAAGAACCUGCGGACUCUGGAUCUUGAUCAGACCGAACUGAGCAACCGGGGCGUCGCCGACCUAUUCACCCGUCUGGUCGCUCAUGAGAUGCCCGAGGGCAGCAAACUUUCGCUGCAGCACAUCUACAUGAACGGCAACGGAAUCUCAACUGAGGCUGCCCGCGCCAUCGGGGCAUUCCUGGCGUCCCCCCAUUGCGGCUUGACAUCCAUCUACCUGUCGUCGAACCCGCUCGGGGACGAGGGUGUGGAGGCUCUGGCGGCUACAGUUCCCAAGGCACCGUAUCUGACUCGACUGUUCUUACAAUCGGUUGGAGUCAGCACCAAAGGUGCCAUUGCGAUCUGCAAAGCCGUCACCGGUCACACCAGCCUCGAGAGCUUUGACCUUGGCCAGGCCUACACCACCUAUGAUCUCGGGCAGGCGUACAAUUUCAUCGAGGACGAAGCUGUACCGGCCAUCUGCGAGCUCAUCACGACCAAGAGCCGCCUGGCGUACCUCAACUUUGGGCACUGCCCCAUUACACCCCCGGGGCUCAAGACUAUCUCUGAGGCGGUCCUUCAGAGCCCAACACUCGUGUACUACACGGCGUACUCGAUCCUGCCGGACCCGACUCUCACCCCGGCGACCUUCAGGCCCGCUGUCGACACGCAUCUCGCCGACCCGACAACCCGCACCAAGCCGCAGAUCGAGCUGGACAAGGCGGUUCGUGAUCAUCAGGCUGCCAAUGUACAGGCCCGGUAUGGCAAGGACAUGUCGUUCACCCGCUUCAUGGAGGAGGAGCGGCGCUGGCUCGUCAGCGACCGCGUCGACGUCCGCAAAAUCGACUCUGUGUACCGCAACCGAGACGCGGGGCUCGCGCGCCGGCGGCUGAUGACGCUGGUCAAAAACUGGGAGGAGGGCGACGAGACGCUGGACCGUGUCAUGAAUGCCCAGGCUCCGACCUGCUCGCUGCGUCGACACGGUAAGAUAGUGGUUUGA